GUGCCAGCUCAAUUUAAAUGUAUCUGCUCCGUAUCUGUUCAAGGGGAGAUAAUCCAUGCAAAUCAGAAGCAGUGGCUUUUCCAUGCUUGGUUCACAGAGAGGACUCAGCUUUGGGGAGGUCACUCGUUCACAGCCGCUCCUCCCAUUAUAUUUUUCCCCUUAUUGCAGAACUGCAAUGUGUACACAGUGACUGAAAGGACUCAAUUUACUGCAGCUGCUGCCUGGCUUUGCUUGCAACUUUUUUUUUUCUUUCUUUCUCUCUCUCUUUUUUUUUUUUUUUUUUUUUUUUAUAAAGGAACUUACCUCCAUCUGUCUUUUCAAGUUUUAGGGUAGAAAGAGUCCCUUUAACUCCUGAAGACAGUAAAUCACAGUUUGUGUGGUGGUUCUCAGAAGACACUUAAAGAACUGAAUUGGAUGCUCUACAUAGCACCCUUGCCAAAAGAGUUCGGAAAUGACUUCCAGCUUCCCACAGUAAUAAAAUGGCACUGUUUGGCAUCUUUAAGGUAAUAAAAGUGAAUUUUUUCCAUUCUAGAUCAAUGAUGCAGACUGCUGGGUUCGAUGAAGCUGGGCAUUUAUAACUAGAUUCAUUAAGGAAUACAAAGAAAAUAUUUAAAGGGAUCAAUAAUGGUGUCUUCUGGUUGCAGAAUGCGAAGUCUGUGGUUUGUCAUUAUAAUCAGCUUCUUACCGAAUACAGAAGGUUUCAGCAGAGCAGCUUUACCAUUCGGGUUAGUUAGACGAGAAUUAUCCUGUGAAGGUUAUUCUAUAGACCUGCGAUGUCCAGGCAGUGAUGUCAUCAUGAUUGAGAGCGCUAAUUAUGGUCGGACAGAUGACAAGAUUUGUGACGCUGACCCAUUUCAGAUGGAGAAUACAGACUGCUACCUCCCAGAUGCCUUCAAAAUUAUGACUCAAAGGUGCAACAAUCGAACACAGUGUAUAGUAGUUACUGGGUCAGAUGUAUUUCCUGAUCCAUGCCCUGGAACAUACAAAUAUCUUGAAGUCCAAUAUGAAUGUGUCCCUUACAUUUUUGUGUGCCCUGGGACCUUGAAAGCAAUUGUGGAUUCACCAUGUAUAUAUGAAGCUGAACAAAAGGCAGGUGCUUGGUGCAAGGACCCUCUUCAGGCUGCAGAUAAAAUUUAUUUCAUGCCCUGGACCCCCUACCGUACUGAUACUUUAAUAGAAUAUGCUUCUUUAGAAGAUUUCCAAAAUAGUCGCCAAACAACAACAUACAAACUUCCAAAUCGAGUAGAUGGUACUGGAUUUGUGGUGUAUGAUGGUGCUGUCUUCUUUAACAAAGAGAGAACAAGAAACAUUGUGAAAUUUGACUUGAGGACUAGAAUUAAGAGUGGAGAGGCCAUAAUUAACUAUGCCAACUAUCAUGAUACCUCACCUUAUAGAUGGGGAGGGAAAACUGAUAUUGACCUAGCAGUUGAUGAAAAUGGCUUAUGGGUCAUUUACGCCACUGAACAGAACAAUGGAAUGAUCGUUAUUAGCCAACUAAAUCCAUAUACUCUUCGAUUUGAAGCAACAUGGGAGACUGUGUAUGACAAACGUGCUGCCUCAAAUGCUUUUAUGAUCUGCGGAGUCCUCUAUGUGGUCAGGUCAGUGUAUCAAGACAAUGAGAGUGAAACAGGCAAGAAUGCAAUUGAUUACAUUUACAAUACCCGAUUAAACCGAGGAGAGUAUGUAGAUGUUCCCUUCCCCAACCAAUACCAGUAUAUUGCUGCGGUGGAUUACAAUCCUAGAGAUAACCAACUCUACGUGUGGAACAAUAACUUCAUUUUACGAUAUUCUCUGGAGUUUGGUCCACCUGAUCCUGCCCAAGUGCCUACCACAGCUGUGACAAUAACUUCUUCAGCUGAGCUGUUCAAAACCACAGUAUCAACCACAAGCAGUACUUCACAGAAAGGCCCUAUGAGCACAACUGUAGCUGGAUCACAGGAAGGAAGCAAAGGGACAAAACCACCUCCAGCAGUUUCUACAACCAAAAUUCCUCCUGUAACAAAUAUUUUUCCCCUGCCAGAGAGAUUCUGCGAAGCAUUAGACGCGAGGGGGAUAAAGUGGCCUCAGACACAAAGGGGAAUGAUGGUUGAACGACCAUGUCCCAAGGGAACCAGAGGAACUGCCUCCUAUCUCUGCAUGGUUUCUACUGGAACAUGGAACCCUAAGGGCCCCGAUCUUAGCAACUGUACCUCACACUGGGUAAAUCAGCUGGCUCAGAAGAUCAGAAGUGGAGAAAACGCUGCUAGUCUUGCCAAUGAACUGGCUAAACAUACCAAAGGGCCGGUGUUUGCUGGGGAUGUGAGUUCUUCAGUGAGAUUGAUGGAGCAGUUGGUGGACAUUCUUGAUGCACAGCUGCAGGAACUGAAACCUAGUGAAAAGGAUUCCGCUGGACGGAGUUAUAACAAGGCAAUUGUGGACACAGUGGACAAUCUUCUGAGGCCUGAAGCUCUGGAAUCAUGGAAACACAUGAAUUCUUCUGAACAGGCGCAUACAGCAACAAUGUUGCUUGAUACAUUGGAAGAAGGAGCUUUUGUCCUGGCUGACAAUCUUGUAGAACCAACCAGGGUCUCAAUGCCUACAGAAAAUAUUGUUCUGGAAGUUGCAGUACUCAGUACAGAAGGACAGGUCCAAGACUUUAAAUUUCCUCUGGGCAUCAAAGGAGCUGGCAGUUCAAUCCAACUCUCUGCAAAUACUGUCAAGCAGAACAGCAGGAACGGGCUUGCAAAGUUGGUGUUCAUCAUUUACCGGAGUUUGGGACAGUUUCUUAGUACAGAAAAUGCAACCAUAAAACUGGGUGCUGACUUUAUUGGUCGGAAUAGCACCAUUGCAGUGAAUUCCCACGUCAUUUCAGUUUCAAUCAAUAAAGAAUCCAGCCGAGUAUACUUGACAGAUCCUGUGCUUUUUACCCUGCCACACAUUGAUCCUGACAAUUAUUUCAAUGCAAACUGCUCCUUCUGGAACUACUCAGAAAGAACUAUGAUGGGAUAUUGGUCUACCCAGGGCUGCAAGCUGGUUGACACUAAUAAAACUCGUACAACGUGUGCAUGCAGCCACCUAACCAAUUUUGCAAUUCUCAUGGCCCACAGGGAAAUUGCAUACAAAGAUGGAGUUCACGAAUUACUCCUUACAGUCAUCACCUGGGUGGGAAUUGUCAUUUCCCUUGUUUGCCUGGCUAUAUGCAUCUUCACCUUCUGCUUCUUCCGUGGUCUGCAGAGUGACCGCAAUACUAUUCACAAGAACCUUUGUAUCAACCUUUUCAUUGCAGAAUUCAUUUUCCUAAUAGGCAUUGACAAGACGAAAUACAUGAUUGCUUGUCCAAUAUUUGCAGGACUUCUACACUUUUUCUUUUUGGCUGCUUUUGCUUGGAUGUGUCUAGAAGGUGUACAGCUCUAUCUGAUGUUGGUUGAAGUUUUUGAAAGUGAAUAUUCAAGGAAGAAAUAUUAUUAUGUUGCUGGUUACUUGUUUCCUGCCACAGUGGUUGGAGUUUCGGCUGCUAUUGACUAUAAGAGCUAUGGAACAGAAAAAGCUUGCUGGCUUCAUGUUGAUAACUAUUUUAUUUGGAGUUUCAUUGGACCAGUUACCUUCAUUAUUCUGCUAAAUAUUAUCUUCCUGGUGAUCACAUUAUGCAAAAUGGUGAAGCACUCAAACACUUUGAAACCAGAUUCUAGCAGGUUGGAAAACAUUAAGUCUUGGGUACUUGGCGCUUUUGCUCUUCUGUGUCUUCUUGGCCUAACCUGGUCAUUUGGGUUGCUUUUUAUUAAUGAGGAGACUAUUGUGAUGGCAUAUCUCUUCACCAUCUUUAAUGCUUUCCAGGGAGUGUUCAUUUUCAUCUUUCACUGUGCCCUCCAAAAGAAAGUACGAAAAGAAUACGGCAAGUGCUUCAGACACUCCUAUUGCUGCGGCGGCCUCCCAACCGAGAGCCCCCACAGUUCAGUGAAGGCAUCAACCACCAGAACUAGUGCUCGGUAUUCCUCUGGCACACAGAGUCGUAUAAGAAGGAUGUGGAAUGACACUGUGAGAAAACAGUCUGAAUCUUCUUUUAUCUCAGGUGACAUCAAUAGCACUUCAACACUUAAUCAAGGACAUUCACUGAACAAUGCCAGGGAUACAAGUGCCAUGGAUACUCUACCGCUAAAUGGUAAUUUUAACAACAGCUACUCGCUGCGCAAGGGGGACUACAACGACAGCGUGCAAGUCGUGGACUGUGGACUAAGUCUGAAUGAUACGGCUUUCGAGAAAAUGAUCAUUUCAGAGUUAGUGCACAACAACCUGCGGGGCGGCGGCAAGACUCCCAACCUGGAGCUCACGCUGCCAGUCAAACCUGUGAUCGGAGGUAGCAGCAGCGAGGACGAUGCCAUCGUGGCGGACGCCUCCUCUCUAAUGCACGGCGACAACCCGGGGCUGGAGCUCCAUCCCAAGGAGCUCGAGGCCCCGCUCAUCCCUCAGCGGACUCACUCCCUUCUGUACCAGCCCCCGAAGAAGGGGAAGCCCGAGGGAACCGACAGCUACGUGUCCCAGCUGACCGCCGAGGCCGAGGACCACCUGCAGUCCCCCAACAGAGACUCCCUCUACACGAGCAUGCCCAACCUUAGAGACUCUCCCUACCAGGAGAGCAGCCCCGACCUGGAGGAGGACCUGUCCCCCUCCAGGCGGAGCGAGAACGAGGACAUUUACUACAAAAGCAUGCCGAACCUGGGAGCCGGCCGUCAGCUUCAGAUGUGUUACCAGAUCAGCCGGGGCAAUAGUGACGGCUACAUCAUCCCCAUCAACAAAGAAGGGUGCAUUCCCGAGGGAGACGUUAGGGAAGGACAGAUGCAGCUGGUCACGAGUCUUUAAUCGCGCCGCGGGCCCCACGCGUGGCAGGUGCGGGCCAAGACCCCGUUGGCCCUGACCAGGUGGCUCUGUUGACCUGUGGUUCCCCCCGGUGUACAGAGGUGACUGAACCUUGAAGUUCUGUGAAUUUUUAUAGAACGUACAAAAACUUUGUAUAUACACAGAGUAUACUAAAAUGAUUAUUUGUUACAGAGAAAAGAGAUGCCAACCAGGUAUUUUAAGAUUCUGCUGCUGUCUAGAGAAAUUGUGAAGCAAGCGAGACCAAGACUUCCCCAGCCAUUGUACUUGCAGCAGUCUGUGGACUCCAUCUGUAAAUACGGCUGCACCAUUUUUGUAGGCCUGCAUUGUAUUAUAUACAAGACGUGGGCUUUCAAAUCCUGUGGGACAAAUUUACUGUACCUUACUGUUCCUGACAAGACUUGGAAAAGCAGGAGAGCUAUUCUGCGUCAGUUUGCAGUUCACUGCAAAUCUUUUACAUUGAGGCAAAGAUUGAAAACAUGUUUAACCACUAGCAAUCAAGCCACAGGCCUUAUUUCAUAUGUUUCCUCAACUGUACAAUGAACUAUUCUCAUGAAAAAUGGCUAAAGAAAUUAUAUUUUGUUCUAUUGCUAGGGUAAAAUAAAUACAUUUGUGUCCAACUGAAAUAUAAUUGUCAUUAAAAUAAUUUUAAAGAGUUUGAAGGAAAUAUUGUGAAAAGCUCUUGGUUGCACAUAUGUUAUGAAAUGUUUUUUCUUACACUUUGUCAUGGUAAGUUCUACCCAUUUUCACUUAUUUUCCACUGUACACAGUGUUCUGCUUUGACCAGUUAGUCUUUAUUCUUACAUUUAAAUUUCUUAUUGCCAAAAGAACGCGUUUUAUGAGGAAAAAAAAAAAAAAAAACUCUUCGAAGCCAGUUAUGCCAUGCCUUGCACAAAAUGUGGUGAAAUCUAGAAAAGAGUGUGUGUUAUCCCUCUGUUUAUUCUUGAACAGAGGGCAAUGAGGGCACUGGGCACUUCUCACAAACUUUCUAGUGAACAAAAGGUGCCUAUUCUUUUUUAAAAAAUAAAAUAAAACAUAAAUAUUACUCUUCCAUAUUCCUUCUGCCUAUAUUUAGUAAUUAAUUUAUUUUAUGAUAAAGUUCUAAUGAAAUGUAAAUUGUUUCCGCAAAAUUCUGCUUUUCUUUUCAUCCCUUUGUGUAAACCUGUUAAUAAUGAGCCCAUCACUAAUAUCCAGUGUAAAGUUUAACACGGUUUGACAGUAAAUAAAUGUGAAUUUUUUCAAGUAGUU